AUGGCCUCAUUAGAGGCAUUGUAUAGAAGACAGUGUAGGUCUCCGAUUGAUCGGAUUGAUUCGGCGGAGAUUGAAUCUUUGGAUACAGACUUGCUUAGUGAUGCUAUGGAGGAAGUCCAUAUGAUUCAAUAUAGACUAUUGACAACUCAUAGUCGACAGAAGAGUUAUGCAGACCGGAGAGUUAGAGCCUUAGUGAUUAUGGAGGGUAAUCAUGUUUGGCUCCGAGUAUCACCCAUGAAGGGUAUGAUGAGGUUCGGAAAGAAGGGCAAGCUUAGACCUAGAUUCAUUGGACCUUUUGAGAUUUUGAGCCGAGUGGGAGAGGUGUCUUAUAAGUUGGCGUUGCCACCUAGUUUGUCGGCGGUUCAUCUUGUUUUCCAUGUUUCUAUGCUUCGGAAGUAUAUUCCGGAUGAAUCUCAUGUGAUUUCACUUGAUUCUGUGGAGCAGGGUCCAGACUGGACAUUUGAGGAAGAGCCUAUAGCUAUUCUUGAUAGGCAGGUUCGAAAGCUUAGGACCAAAGAGAUUUCUUCAGUGAAGAAUGUUAAAGAUCUGCCUGGCGCAAUUGCUGCUGCAGAUUCGUUAAUUGAUUUCCGGACAACUCGUCUAUUGACGGAUAUUCCCUCUACUUCAAAAACUAAGAAAAAGAACGAUAAGAAAGGUGAAUGGAAAAAGGAUAGUGGUAAGGACUGUAGAAAUGACAAAGGAAAGGCGCAAAUGAAGGAUGGAAAGGACAAACCAAAGAACAAAGAUGGUAAUUAUAAAGGCUGUUGGACUUGUGGCGGUCCUCAUUUGGCCAAGUCUUGUCCAAACCGGGAAAAAGUAAAUACUUUGCUUGCUGGAAAUAUGAAUCAAAGGGAGGAAGAUGAGGAAAUCGUGGCUGCAAUGGCAAAGCCAUUGGGAUUGUCCUUCAACAACAUUACGUGGGUUAAUAAUGUUGGAGAAACGUCCAGUACUUUGAAUCCUCAUGCUUCCCUAAUUCAUAUAGAAUUGACAGUGAAAGAACAACGUGUGAUGGCAAUGGUUGAUACAGGAGCCAUUCAUACGCUUAUAGAUGUGAAAAUUGCUACAAAAUUGGGGCUGAAGUUGUCUAAAAGCCCUUCCUUCGUCAAAACAGUCAAUGCUAAGGCACAUGCCAUUGUGGGUAUCGCUUAUUGUGUGUCUAUGUCGACUGAAAAUUGGGUAGGAAAACAUAAUUUGAUGGUGAUGCCGCUUGGUCAAUUUGAGAUCAUACUUGGGAUUGAUUUUCUAAGAAAAUUCCAGUUUGUUCCGUUUCUUAAUUUAGAUGGAGUAAUGGUCAUGAAUGGAAGCAAUGAUGGAUUUCUUAAAGGAGUUCAUCCAUUUGGGAAUAUUAAUAAAGUUUCAAAGAAGAAAUACAAGGGAAUGUUCUUGUAUGCUAUGUCAAUCGACAAAGGGCUGAAGAAGGGUGAUCACACUAUACUUGCUGCCUUGGUUGAAGUGAAACCUGAUGUUCAGAUGGAAGUGCCUGAUUGUAUUGCUGAAUUGCUUAAACAGUAUGCUGAUGGUAUGCCACCUGAAUUAUCAAAGAAUUUACCACCAAGGAGGGAUAUCGAUCAUAAAAUUAAGUUGUUGUCUGGUACGGUUGCUCCUGCACAGGCUCCUUAUCGUAUGGCUCCUAAGGAAUUGGCUGAAUUGCGUAAACAAUUGAACGAGUUGUUGGAUGCUAGAUUGGUUCAGCCAUCUAAGGCUCCAUAUGGUGACUCUGUUUUAUUUCAAAAGAAACAGGAUGGGACGAUGCGAAUGUGUGUAGACUACAGGGCGCUGAACAAGGAAAUUGUAAAGAAUAAGUAUCCGGUUCCAUUGGUGCAGGAUUUGAUGGACAAGUUGAGUAAGGCAUGCUGGUUCACAAAACUUGAUCUUAGGGCAGGCUAUUGGCAGGUUGGGAUAGCAGAGGGUGUUGAACCAAAAACAACAUGUGUAACUAGAUACGGUUCAUAUGAAUUCCUUGUAAUGCCAUUUAGGCUAACUAAUGCUCCGACAACAUUUUGCAACUUAAUGAAUAAUGUACUGUUUGACUAUCUUGAUGAUUUUGUUGUUGUCUAUCUAGAUGAUAUUUUCAUUUAUUGUCGAACAUUGGAGGAACAUGUUAAUCACUUAUGUCUGGUUCUGUCUCAGUUGAGGAAAUACACACUUUAUGCUAAGAUGGAAAAGUGUGAGUUUACUCAACAGGAGAUAAAAUUUUGGGGCAUCGUAAAAUUCAAUGCUGGUUACUCAAAAAGGGCAGCGGCUUUGACAGACUUGUUGAAGAAGGAUAUGAAGUGGUUACCAUUUGAAGUGCACACAGAUGCGUCAGACAAAGCAAUUGGUGGCGUAUUAGUGCAGGAAGGUCAUCCUGUGGCCUUUGGAAGUAGGAAAUUGAAUGAUGCUGAACAGAGGUACUCAACAGAUGAAAAAGAGAUGGUUGCGGUGGUAGACUAUCUGCAUGUUUGGAGAGUUUAUCUCUUAGGUACUCGAUUUGUAGUAAGAACUGAUAAUGUAGCAAAUACAUUUUUCAAGACACAGAAAAAUUUGAGUCCUAAACAAGCACAGUGGCAAGAAUUCUUGGCAGAAUACGACUUUGUGUGGGAACACAAACAAGGAAAAUACAACAAGGUUAAUGAUGCGCUGAGUAGAAAAGAAGUAUUUGUUGUAGUAUAUUCAAUUUCAAAACUCAAAACUGAUUUCUAUGAUAGAAUAAGGUUGUGUGCUGCAAAUGAUUCAUUGUAUGUUAAAUGGAUGGUUCAAGUGCAAGAUGGCACAAUAAGACGGUAUUGA